AUGAAAGCGCUCGGAACUGUCUGCGCAGCUGGAGGUAUCCCUGCGUCAGCUGCGGAGCAGACACCGGAAGAGCCCCUAAUUAUCAAAGAUGACAGCGACGAUGAAAGCGACGACGAAGCUGAGGCUGGAGUUGCCUCUAGCGAUGUCCAGCCUCAGCUUCUUGCCAGCAUUGAGGACCACGACGCGAGCGAGUGUGGCCCAUUGAGUUGGCUAAUUUACGCUAUUAAUUUCGUGGAUGUAUGCCUUCCGCUGCGGUGGAAUGGAUGA